AUGUCCGCCAAACAACGCCUCCAAGCCCUCAGCCAACAACUCGCCGAAGGAAUCCCCGAUGCAGGCACAUUCGAGGAUAUCCCUAGAAUUCGCCAGGUAGCGCCUGAUUCCGUGGGGCCACGGAUGAAAGAUAAAGUGGCUAUUGUCACCGGAGCAAACUCCCCAACCGGCAUCGGCCGCGCAACAGCCCACCAGUACGCGCACAACGGCGCUAGGGCAGUCUACCUCUGCGACUACGCAACAACACACCUGUUAACACACAAGCGCGAGAUCGAGGCCCUGUACCCGGGCGUCGACGUGCACAUCCGGGACUUCGACGCGGGCGAUGAAAGCGCCGUUCAGGCUGUUGUUGACGAUGCGGUGGAGAAGUAUGGACGAUUGGAUGUGUUUUUUGCGAACGCGGGGGUUAUUGGGCAGCCGGUUGCUUUUACGGAGAUUGAUGGGGAGGGGUUUAUGGAUACGUUGAGGACUAAUACUUUGGGUGUCUUUCUGGCCGUCAAACACGCAGCGGCAGCUAUGAAGCUCACCAGCAAGGAUAAACCCUAUCCCGCCGGCUCGAUCAUCUGCACUGCGUCUGUCGCUGGUCUGCGGUCCAACGCCGGCUCAACAGAUUAUUCUGCUUCAAAGGCUGCCGUGAUUUCCAUCGCGCAGACAACCGCCUACCAGCUCACCGGCACGGGCAUCCGCGUUAAUGCUAUCUGUCCGGGUCUCAUCGAGACAGGAAUGACAGCGCCUGUGUUCGACCGGGCGAGGGAACGAGGCACAGAGAGAAAGGUCGGACAACUGAAUCCAUUGCAGCGGGGUGCUGUCGCAGAUGAAGUUGCGCGUGUUGCGCUAUUCCUGGGAAGUGAGGAGAGCAGCUACGUGAACGGGCAGGCGUGGGCGGUUUGCGGAGGUUUAAGUGCCGGCCAUCCAUUUGUGCCGGGGAAGUUGGCAUAG